UCCUCUUCAUAAACGGCUCUUCAUUUCUUCACCAAAACCUUUCUAUAAUUCUACCCUUCCCCACUCCAGUCUUGAUUAUCUUGAAACAUUCAAGAAAACCCCUCAAAAUCAAGCUGCAUUUUUGGUCAUCUUCAAAUGGCGCCGACACCAUCGGGAAAAUCAAAUCAAACGGCACAAACGCCAUCGAUUAAAUCAAAUCAAACUCACUCCAAGGCACCCCAAUCAAGGCAGCGUCUCAACUUCAAUGUGGCCAAGCCCUCUCCUAAUAACACCCAUUCCGCAGCCAGAGAAACCCAUCCGUCUGAGCACCCAGUUGAAGUAAUCAGCCGAAUACGCGAUUACCCAGACAGGAAAGAGAAGCCCGUCUCCGCCUUACAGAUCAAUCAGGACCGCCAAUCCUUACGAGUCGGAACAGAUAUCGGGUAUCGAGAUUUCAGCCUCGACGGGAUCUCGGUAUCAGAAGAAGAAGAUUUAGAUUCAUUUUACAAGAAGUUCAUAGCGUCCAGGAUUUCCGACGUCAAACUGGGAGCGAAAUGUACAAUAAUGAUGUAUGGCCCGACAGGGUCGGGGAAGAGUCAUACAAUGUUUGGGUGUGCAAAGCAGCCGGGGAUUGUGUACAGGUCGUUGAAAGAUAUAUUGCGUGGGGAAGGAGAAGAAGAUGAAGAGGUUGAAACCAAUGAAGAGAGAGUUAGCUCAAGAAUAUUUGUUCAAGUUGCUGUCCUGGAAAUUUACAAUGAAGAAAUUUAUGAUCUUCUAUCUACCAACAAUGGUGGAGGUGGAUUCAGUCUUGGGUGGUCUAAGGGAUGUUCUUCAAAGGUGAGACUUGAAGUUAUGGGAAAGAAGGCAAAGAAUGCAACUUAUAUCUCUGGAACAGAAGCUGGAAAGAUCUCAAAGGAAAUUCUAAAGGUUGAGAAAAGGAGGAUCGUGAAGAGCACUUUUUGCAAUGACACAAGUUCCAGAAGCCACUGCAUGAUCAUUCUUGAUGUUCCAACAGUGGGCGGCCGACUUAUGCUUGUAGACAUGGCAGGCUCUGAAAACAUUGAACAGGCUGGUCAAGUUGGCUUUGAAGCAAAAAUGCAGACUGCAAAGAUCAACCAAGGAAACACAGCUUUGAAAAGAGUGGUUGAGUCCAUAGCUAAUGGAGAUUCUCACAUCCCUUUCAGAGACAGCAAGUUAACCAUGCUGUUGCAGGAUUCUUUCGAAGAUGAUAAGUCGAAGAUCUUGAUGAUAUUGUGCGCCAGCCCAGAUCCAAAGGAGAUGCACAAGACAAUUUCCACCUUGGAGUACGGCUCAAAAGCAAAAUGCAUAGUUCGGGGUCCCUACACGGCAGAGAAGAAGGACAGGAAUGGAAACAACGAUGAUGCGGAAUCUAUGGGUAACUUAGGAUCCAGAAUUGUUGCGAUGGAUCAGUUUAUUCUGAAGCUGCAGAUGGAAAACCAGCUUAAGGAGAAAGAAAGAAAUGAAGUUCAAAAACAGCUGAUAAAGAAAGAAGAAGAGAUUUCGGCUCUUAGGAUGGUGAGUGAAGAGAUGAUCAAGACUAGGAUUAACGAGCGAACAGAGAUGCUGAAAGGUGAAUUGGAGAAGAAAAUGCAAGAAUGUCAGCAGAUGGCGAAUGAGCUGGUGGAAUUGGAGAGAAGGAAGAUGGAAGAUAGAAUGGUCAUGCAGCAGAAGGAGGUGGAGCUGAUGAGAUCUCGUUUGCAAGAAAUCGAGCUAGAGGUGGUUGUAGGAAGCAGUUCAGAUGGAACCUCUGCAUUUGCGAAGAGACUGCAAGAGAUUUGCUCAGACCCGUCUUCGUCGUCGUGCAUGGAGAAAUCAAUGGACUUGAGUAUGUCUAUGGAUAUGGAAACAACGACAGGUAAAGCUGACAUCUUUUGUUUAAGUGGUGCUUACAACGACAAAAGGUCUUCUUUCUUGAGUGUAAUUGAGGAAGAAGAAGGAAGAGACGAUGAAGAAGAAGAAGAAGAAGAAGUGCAGAAAGAAGUGGUGACGAUACAUUCUAUUAAACCACCAACAACAACUCUUGAUUACAAUUUAAGAGAGAAAUCAGAAGAAAAGGAGAGACGGUUAACUAUCCAAAACAUCUUCUCACUAUGUGGAAACUACAGAGAGGUUCUUAGCCAACAACAACAAGAACACAAUAACAUGAUUGAAGUUGCUGCUGUUGGGGAUGAUGAUUUUAGUAAUAAUAAUAAUAAUAGCAAGGAGAACAAGAAUCCAUAUUCUUCCUCUUCCAUUGGUGAUUUGGUGGAUGUGUACGUGAAAUGGGAGGUGUCGAUGAGAGAUCAGCAGCAUGCUGGAAAGUUCAUCACCACCCUCAAAGUUACAAGGAAUGCAACUCUUGCGGACUUGCGUAAGCAAAUCGAGAUGCAUCUUCUUCUUGUUGGCGCAUCAGAUAAAAAACAACAACAAUCAUUCACCUUUCUUGUUCUUGGGGAUCCAACUGGAGCUCCAGUUGAUCGGGAGAAGGAAGCCACGGUUCAAGCAAGCAAACUGCCGGUUUGCAAUGAAGGUCAUCUAGCCUGUUUGCGUCCAACCAAAGGCGCUAUCAUCCACCACCAAGGAGUUUCAAAUUAUCAUCAUCUUCUUCCUCUUUCCCCCAUUAACGUUGAUAAUAAUAAGAUUAAUGGAUCGUACAGCCUCUAGAUAGAUAG